AUGGAGUCCAGGAUUUUAAAAUUUGUUUUUUUUUCAAUUAUUAUUUGCUCUUUUGAAUAUGCCAAAAAUGAAUUAUACUACGUAAACGAGAGAAGCAUAUACCUUGAAAGGAAUAUAAUAUAUUUUAGAAAUAAUAGGAUAUUAGAAUAUAUAGACAAUCAAUUUGAUUUAUACGAUUUUUAUGAGUCAACUUUGAAUCUUGCAAAUCAAUUCAGUGACUACAUUGAUGAUGAUAAAGAAAUAUUAUAG